AUGACGGAUUCCUCGACCAGAAUCUCAGUCCUCUUUGUCUGCCUUGGGAACAUAUGUCGGUCGCCAAUGGCCGAAGGCGUCUUUCGGUCUCUGGCGAAAUCCCAUCCUCGCAUUGGCGACAUCGACUCAGCUGGUACUGGCGCCUAUCACACUCUUAAUCCACCUGAUGACAGAACACUGGAUACCCUUCGGAGACAUGGCAUCACAGAUUAUGACCAUGGUGCCCGUCAGGUGCGCUCGAAGGACUUCGACGAGUUCGAUUACAUUUUCGCAAUGGAUGCCUAUAACUUCAACGAUUUGCACCGAAUGCAGCGAAGACUUGAGAGCAAGGGACACAAAACAAAGGCUAAGCUCAUGAUGUUUGGCGAUUUUGGAGGAAGAAAGAAAGGCGAGGAGGUCAUUGAUCCUUAUUAUGGCGCCGACAGAGGAUUCGAAGAAGUCUACGAGCAGGUCACUCGAUUCUCAAAGAACUUCCUGGAACAGGUUGUCUCCACUGCUGCCUGA